AUGGCCGCUGGAGACGUAGGCGGUAGACGCCAUGAGGAAGAUAGCGCGGGAGGCGGACAGUUUUAUCGGCUGUCUGGACUUAGUUUGUCAGCUGUUGGUGUAAAUUUACUAGUACCUUUAGUUGAGAGCUCUUAUUCAAAUUGUUGGAUGAUGGCUGGGUAUAUGUCAAGAGGGCCCCAAAAUGGUUCUGUGUAUGUCUGCAAUCUACCUCCUGGAACUGAUGAGAAUAUGUUGGCUGAAUAUUUUGGCACCAUAGGGUUGCUAAAGAAGGACAAAAGGACUGGGCGCCCAAAAAUUUGGAUAUAUAGGGACAAAGUUACCAAUGAACCAAAGGGUGAUGCAACAGUCACCUAUGAAGAUCCGCAUGCUGCUUCAGCUGCUGUGGAAUGGUUCAAUAACAAGGAUUUCCAUGGGAGCACUAUUCAGGUUCACAUAGCUGAGUCAAAAAGCAAAGAUGCAUUUGAUAACCCCACGAAUUUGAACAUCAUUGCUGGUGUCGGUGAACAAGAUGAACUGGAUAACGGAGCAGGCAGAGGUAGAGGACGUGGUGAUGGUCCAGGCAAGGCUUGGCAGCAAGAUGGGGAUUGGAUGUGUCCAAAUACAAGUUGUGGCAAUGUAAAUUUUGCCUUCCGUGGUGUUUGUAAUCGCUGUGGAGCUGCACGCCCUGCUGGUGCUGGUGGAGCUGGUGGCGGCGGUGGCGGUAGGGGUAGAGGCCGUGGUAGCUCUGAUGCAAGAGGAAGCGGCCAUGCUGGUGCUGGUGCUGCUGCUUCCGCUGUUGGUGGUCCACCUGGAUUGUUUGGCCCAAAUGAUUGGCCAUGUCCAAUGUGUGGCAACAUCAACUGGGCUAAGCGGACCAAAUGUAAUAUAUGUAACACCUCCAAGCCUGGUACCAAUGAAGGUGAUGUGAGGGGUGGCCGUGGUGGUGGGUACAAAGAGCUUGAUGAAGAAGAACUAGAGGAAGUUAAAAAACGUCGGAAAGAGGCUGAGGAGGAUGAUGGAGAGAUCUAUGAUGAAUUUGGCAACCUGAAAAAGAAAUUUCGCUCUAAAGCUCUGCAUACUGAAAGUGCACAGGCACUUCCUGGGUCUGGACGUGCUGGAUGGGAAGUUGAGCAUCGUGGUUCUAGUGAAAGGGAAGGCAGGGAGAGGAGCAGGGAUCGUGGUAGGGAUGACUACGAUGAAAAGGAAACCAGGAACAGAGAUAGAGGUGAUCAUGGAAGGGACCAGCGCCGGAGCAGGAGCCGGAGCAGAGACCGUGAAAGGGAAAGGGAAAGGGGGAGGGAGAGGAGACGAGACCACGAGUAUGAGAGAAGUAGGGAGCGUGAUCGGGACCGGGACCGACGCCACAGGUGA